GAUUUUUACAAACUAAUCUCAUUCUGCAUCUGAGGAGCGCACGCUCGGAAACCCUACCAAUUCGCUACACGGGGUCACGUACAAGAACUGUCCUUGCGUUCCUGAAACGUUUUCACUGUAAAAAUAUAAUUUUCUGCGAAGCCCCUCGCCGAAAUUCAGCAGUCCUGCCGCCCAGCGGGCUGGUGUCCUUCCUCCCUAGAAGACCCUUUGCUGUCCUCCUGGGAGCGGAGGCACCUCAACCAGCUUGGCUUUCCCCGUGGAUGUCUCCAUCCCGUCCGCUCCAUCUUCUCCUCGUCCGCGAUACUCCCCGAGGCUGCGCCCUGCCGAUGGGCCGGUCCCCAGGCGCUGAUCCCCGAGGGGACGAGGACGGGCGGUGACACGGGAGCCGAGCCCGGGGCUGGCAGGUGGCACCCCCAGAGCAGGGACGGGAAGGGGAGGGGGCCGCUGUCCGGCUCUGCCCGCCGAGCCGAGCCCAGCGGAGCGCAGCCCCGCCGAGCCGAGCCGUGCCCGCGCCGCUCGGUGCGGGCUGCCGGCGCCGCCGGAGCUGUCCAGCCGCCCGCGCCCGCCCGCCCGCAGCUCCAGCCGUCCCCGCCAUGCGAGAGCGAUGAGAGCAGCUCCUCCAGACGCAGCCCGGCAAUGGAGGAUGAUUUAUUCCAGCUGAGACAGCUGCCGGUGGUCAAGUUUCGCCGCACUGGGGAAAGUUCAAGGUCAGAUGAGGAUGUUGUUUCAGGAGAACAUGAAAUUCAGAUUGAGGGUGUUCGGACAGAACUAGAGCCUAUUGAGCUAGAAGAUGGAGCUGCAGUGCCAAAAGAAUUUGCCAACCCAACUGAUGAUACUUUCAUGGUGGAAGAUGCGGUGGAAGCCAUUGGAUUCGGAAAGUUCCAGUGGAAGCUGUCUGUUAUUACUGGAUUAGCAUGGAUGGCAGACGCUAUGGAAAUGAUGAUUUUAAGUAUCCUAGCUCCUCAGCUUCAUUGUGAGUGGCGAUUACCAAGCUGGCAGGUUGCAUUGCUCACAUCGGUGGUGUUUGUGGGAAUGAUGUCCAGCUCCACCCUCUGGGGAAACAUUUCAGACCAAUAUGGGAGAAAAACAGGCCUAAAGAUCAGCGUGUUGUGGACGCUCUAUUAUGGGAUCCUCAGUGGUUUUGCACCGGUCUAUAGCUGGAUCUUGGUGCUGAGGGGCUUGGUGGGCUUUGGGAUUGGAGGAGUGCCUCAGUCGGUAACCUUAUAUGCUGAAUUCCUUCCAAUGAAAGCCAGAGCAAAAUGCAUUUUAUUAAUAGAGGUCUUUUGGGCCAUUGGGACUGUGUUUGAAGUCCUUCUAGCAGUGUUGGUGAUGCCCACUCUUGGCUGGCGGUGGCUUCUCAUUCUUUCUGCCCUCCCACUUUUGCUCUUCGCUGUCCUAUGUUUUUGGCUGCCAGAAAGUGCCAGGUAUGAUGUAUUAUCUGGAAAUCAAGAAAAAGCAAUUGCCACUUUAAAACGGAUAGCAACAGAAAAUGGAGCUCCAAUGCCUUUGGGAAAAUUAAUUAUUUCCAGACAGGAAGACCGAGGAAAAAUGAGGGACCUUUUUACGCCCCAUUUUAGAUGGACCACAUUGUUACUCUGGUUUAUAUGGUUUUCCAAUGCUUUUUCAUAUUAUGGGUUAGUUUUAUUAACUACAGAGUUCUUCCAAGCAGGAGACGUCUGCAGCAUAUCCAGUAGAAGGAAAGAAGUUAAAGCAAAGUGCAGCCUGACCUGUGAGUAUCUGACAGAGGAAGACUACACUGAUCUGCUCUGGACAACCCUGUCAGAAUUCCCCGGUGUGUUAGUGACACUAUGGAUUAUUGAUCGGAUAGGCCGCAAGAAAACCAUGGCCCUGUCCUUUUUUGUCUUCUCGCUUUGCAGUCUUCUGCUGUUUCUCUGUGUUGGAAGAAAUGUUCUUACUGUGCUGCUCUUCAUUGCAAGAGCUUUUAUUUCAGGAGGAUUUCAGGCUGCUUAUGUUUACACUCCUGAGGUUUAUCCAACAGCCACACGUGCUUUGGGCCUGGGAACAUGCAGUGGAAUGGCCAGAGUGGGAGCCCUCAUAACCCCGUUCAUUGCACAGGUGAUGUUGGAAUCUUCAGUCUAUUUAACACUGGUAGUUUACAGUGGCUGUUGCCUGCUGGCUGCUGUGGCUUCCUGCUUCUUGCCCAUUGAAACAAAAGGUCGUGGCUUACAGGAGUCCAGCCACAGAGAAUGGGGACAGGAGAUGGUUGGGAGAGGAUCUCAUUCCCCGGGGGUCACCAGGUCAAACUCUGGAUCACAGGAAUGAUGGGACAUGAAUGAUACGAGCAAGAUCACUUUCACGAAAAAUCCAACCCUGAAGCAUAGAAAGCUGACCAUACUGUCACUGCCAAUGUCACGUGUCAAACUGCAGGAACUUUUGGGUUGAACCUAAGCAAAUUGUGUCUCUGCUGCUCUUUGCUCACACUCAUAAAUACUUUACUUCUGUAUUGAGAGGCAUUUGAUCCAGACAUCAUCUGAAGUUUAGCAGGAAGGGUUUUUCUUAAGUCUGCUGUGCUUGCAUGGUCAGCUGUUCAGCUUAAAAUGUCCCGUGUCAAGCAAAUAGCUAACUGAAUGCAACUCAGUAUAAGCUGUAAUUAAAAUAAUGUACUCUCGAUGCCUAAAAACAAAAGAUUAAUAUUUAUUGUGUACAUGGCAUAGCACACGGUGGAUUCCAUGCACUACAGAAUAGGUUUUAUGAAUUAGAUGCCUGCCUUGCACUUUUUAGCCAUCAACAACAACAACAAAAUGUGAUAACGGCAAAUCAACCAAUGCUUUCUAGUUCCCUCGCUUAUGGGUUCUGUUUGUUGAGAAUUAACAGGCACUGAUUGCUUGGAAACGAUUUUCUGACUGUUUCUCCCAUCCAAGGCAGGUAGUUUGAGUCAGUGAGGAGGGGUAUUAGCCACAGAGAUGGAACCUUAAAUAAGAAACAUAAAUCCUCGUGGUUUGGAGCAGAAUUUGACUUUUCUAACAUUGCCAGAAUCAUUGAGCACUCUUUCUGUUGCUUGGUGAAGACUGCUUCAGCUGUACUGGUGUCUCUUUGUGUGUGGAGAUGCACGCUGUGGUUUUCUGCAUGGUUCCAGGUAUGUUUCUGCUCAAUUUGCCUAAGUAUGUUCUCACAGUGGUGUAGCCAAAACCUUUGAUAAAAAUGCCUCUGUCUGAACAGCUGCAUGUAGCCGUUUGGUUGGAGCUGCUUUCAGGUGUCUCCCAACAAAAGCUGGCCUCCUGACAGCUGGGCAGAACUUUUUGAUAGCUGCUGGUUGUACGUGGACUGUAACGUCAAUCUGGUGACGAAGGAACGUAGCUGGCAUUAUGUCGUAAACGAACAAAAAUCAUGGGAAGAGCCGAACCGCAGUCAUCCUUAGGUGAGGAACUUCACUCCUUCAGAUGUCGCUCCUCGAGGUUGAUGGUUCUGCUCUUGUCAGAGAAUGUAACAGAGUUCAGGUGAGGAUAAGUUUGUCUUGUUUGUCAGAAACCUGUCACUAUACAGGAAUUCAGAUUUCAGAGUCUGUGCAUGUGCAGCGAGGAAAUGCAUAAGGAAGCUGAGACAAGUCUCACCCGCGUCUCAGUUUUCAGGAUUCCAGACUGCGGAACACGCAGCCAGAUGUAAGUGAGAUGGACUAAAUGGUAAUCACUAGGCUGUGGGAAGCAAUAGAUUUUUAUAGUACGUGUGGCCAGUUGUCUCCUGUAAGUGUGCAACAAAUGUUUGCACAGUAGAAUAUUUUAAGUAUUCUGGGAACCAGGCCCCUUUUCUGUGGGGCAAGAAUAGGUUACUGAGUCCGUGUUUGGGUGGAAUACAAAUGAACACAUUUGGGGUUCACUUCACUUAGGGUUUUACAGCACUGUACUGCAGUAUAAUGCUCCAAGACAUGUUAGACUGUUUGUUUAAGGUGCUGAAGGAAAAUUAGACGUGGAUAAUUCCUUAAAGAAAAUGAGGAAACUCAGACUAAUAAAAAAAGGCCAAAGAGGUUAUUGAUAUUCUGUGUGUGGGUACCUUCUGCUGAGAAAAGUUAAAGUCUGACAAGGCACCAAAAUGUCUGUGCAUUCGUUUGCCACUCUAUGAUGGUGACUGCAAUGAAAGACUCCAGACGCAGUUGGUCUAAACAGGCAAACUUUCCUUUUCACAGUAAUAUGAAAAUGAAUUCAGCUCACAGGGGGUCCCACUUUAGAUGUGGCUGAUGACAUAGAAACACACUGUCUGUCCCAGUGGCUGUUGCUGUGUGCUGGUUUGGUUCUCUCUGUCUCUGCUGUCUCUGUACCCCGUAUACUCCAUCUCCAGCGAGCUCAAGUUCCAGUCGAUCCCUGGUACACAGACAGGGCUCUCACGGUGCCGACAACCAGUGCAAGUAAUUUGUUUUCACCUCCUUCUGUCGGGCUGUAGUUGGAUAAUUCUCCCUAUUGCUCUGCAAGCCGGGUAGCUCAGUGCUGCCUCAGAGACAGACUUGUUUCCCUCGGACUGUCCCUCCGACGUGUGAGAGAUGGACAGGGCAUUGGCAGCGAGGAGGCAGUUCCUGGAUGGGUUUAGGGCAGAUAUUAGACCACACUUGUGACCAGUGAGCUAGAAAACCUGCUUUGCCUUUGCAUAGUAUGGACUGUUCACCCUUUAAUGACAGUUCUGACCACAGUCGUCUUUCUCCUGCUGGUUAAGGCACUUGAGAGCGUGCCAGUGACACCUGACAAGGGCACAUCCGGACGCUUACGUGCCUUUCGCCGUGUGGGCUUGCCGUUAGCUGUGUUUACAGUCGGGGGACACCCCAGAAUUGGAUGGCCUCUGGGAGAAUUCAGCGGGGCAUUAGCCUGCAUUAGAGGUGAGAAAGAAUAUAAAGUGCGUGACAUCCGUGGCCUGAAGGCAUGCCACCUUACAGCCUAGCUGCUAAGUUUGUGUGUCUGUUAUUGAGCGCCUUUAGUUAAAAUUCUGCUUUUCCAGUGCUAAUGUUCACACAUCAUUUUCUUUGAGUCAAUAUUCAACAGUUCUAAAGGACUGCACUGUGAUGGCCUUCAAAGUGUGCAUUCAGAGAGUUUUAGGCAAAGUAUAUAUCUCAUAAAUUGCACAUAUGUAUAUUUCAAAUAAAAUAUUUCCCAGGUAAAGAUUUAUAGGUAAUGCAAAACCUUUUGAUGCCGGUGAGUAGUUCUGUUUUAACCUGUGACAUUUACAGUAUUAAAAACAAACUGAAGGCAUUUUUGCUUUUCUCUUUUUAUGAAUUCUGCGUUGAAAAUGUAUUUACUGAUAUAACUACCAAGAUUGGUCCUGCUGAGACAUCUUCAUACUCUGGGUCUUUGAUUUAGAGACAGCGAUGCCUAAGGCGUGAUCCAAAGCUCACUGAAGUCUCGGAGAAUCUCCCACGGACAUUCAUGGGCUUUGGAUCAGCCGAAUAGAGAAAGACAGGUAGGAGCUCACCGCAGCUGAUCCCGCCUCACUGAAAUCAGUAGGAGCCUACCGGGCACUGAAGAAACAGAACUGAAGUUCAGGUUUUGCAGGUCCUUGCAUAUAAUUAAUAAUGGAAGGACAUUUUAGAUUGUUCACUGAAAAACUGAAGAACAUUUGGGUUGAUACACAAUAGCCUAUAAAUACUCACAAGUCAUAUUUUGUUAAUAUGGCAACACCAUUAAUGUAUAUAAUACACUUCCAAAGAUUGUUUUACACACUGUUGAGUAUUUUUCACUGAUGAAGGAAUUAAUAUAGCUAGUUCAUUUAAAACAAUAAAGUGAGAUAAUUUUGAAUUCAAAUCGAGAGCAAACAGAAUAGUGGGAUUCAGAGAUUUGCCAACUGUCCAAUAUAUUAAUGUGCAAAGCUGUUGUGGGAAAAAUAAUUCUCCAAGUGUGCUUUCAUGGGAUGAUUUAUUAUUCCUAAAUGCUUGCCGAAAGAACAUUGAAUGUUUUCCUGUGUUUGAAUGUACAGUUUCUAAGCUGGGUACAUUUUAAUGUUUAAAAACUUUGUGUAUAUCAAGCUUGUUGUAAAAUACUCCUUUUGUUCCUUUGUUUGAUGCAACAUUGGAUAGUUUAAGUCCA